AUGGCUCUUGUGGCGUUACUGGCGAUGCUUAUGGCGGUGACAAACCUUGCAUUGGCUGAUGCCAGUUUUAGUAACGUCGGCCCUCAGUGGUCUGAUGCACACGCGACGUUUUACGGCGACAUUAACGGCGGAGAAACCAUGCAAGGAGCAUGUGGUUACGGAGAUUUAUUCAAACAAGGUUACGGCUUAAAGACGGCGGCGCUAAGCACGGCGCUCUUCAACAACGGCCAGACUUGUGGUGCUUGUUUCGAGCUCAUGUGUGUGAACUCACAAUGGUGCAAACCGAACGCCGGUUCAAUCAAAAUCACAGCCACUAAUUUCUGCCCACCGAAUUACGCCGAGCCGAUUAAUAUCCGUUGGUGCAACCCUCCUCACAAACACUUCGACCUGUCCAUGAAAAUGUUCACUUCGAUGGCCGAGUACAGAGGAGGGAUAGUUCGGGUGAAGUACCGGAGAGUGAGGUGUCAGAAGAGUGGUGGCGUGAGGUUUGAGGUCAAAGGAAACCCUUACUUUAUCAUGGUUUUGGUGUAUAACGUUGGAGGUGCAGGAGAUGUGACUAGCGUGGCAAUUAAAGGAGACAAGAGUAAUUGGACUGCCAUGCAGAGAAACUGGGGGCAAAACUGGGAUACCGGUGUUGGUUUGGUUGGACAAAGCCUCUCGUUUAUGGUUCGGACCAGUGAUGGUAGGAGCAUGACGUUCUUUAAUGUGUCUCCGCACAAUUGGGGAUUCGGUCAAACUUUCGAAGCAAAAUCGAAUUUUUAG